AUGGGCACAGGUAUGGGCACAGGUAUGGGACCACCUCUAUCUCCAAGAGCUCCCAUUGAUAGCUCCACUCACAGACAUAUAUCGUGCCAACAAAAGGGACAUCUUUUUUAUGAAAACAGCAUCGAGUGGAACAAGAAGUGGAACUCAUUGGUGAUUAUCUUCAACAAUGGCAUCAUUUCAUCGGUGUAUAUGAACGCCAAACAUAAUGUGGUGAAUGUAUACCACGACAGAUAUCUCAUUAACAAACUAUUGUCCGAACAUAUAGUGAAUGUGAUUUUAAACGACAAUUACCUCUUAAUAUCAUACACUGAAUCAAAGCUGACAUUAGUUUCAAUUACACAACCGAUUGACGCCAAGAGGAGGACAAAGCUUAAGCUGACGGCAGUGAACACCAAAAUAUCGUCCUUAGAUCUCGAGAGCGGAACCACUCGUCGAGCGGAACGUAAUCUUGUGGUCAAUGAAAGCGGAGAUCUGUUGAUAGUGUGGUGGAAAGCGGGCACCAAUUGUGUCGCCCCGUGGUCUCCACCCGGAGCUAACUUUAAAGACUUGGCCAACAUUUUUGUCUAUAGUCUCACAAAUUCUACAUUUCGUUUAAUAUCAAUGGCAUGUAUUUCGGGACAUAUUUUUAAAAUAUUAAUGAUGAGAUGGGAUGCGAGUCAAGUGAUUCUUCUGCAACAGUCCACACAUUCUGUAUAUCUUCUCAAUUACUGUGUUUUCCAAAUCGACGAAUCCAUUGAAUGUCUGCAACAAAUCUAUUCAAUACGCAUACCAUUGAUGAGGGCCUGCGUUAAGGCCGAAGUGAGCGCAGCGUUGGAUAAAAUAAUAUUGCUUUUGGACGACAAUUCAAUCGCUUUAUUCAAUAUACAAAACAAGACACUCUAUUCAAUGCAUUCAUCCGUCAGUGCCUUUGAUGUCACCUGCAAUCCAUUGGAUGCCAUCUUCACAGUCGCCGACCAAUUGUCCAGAAUCUCUGUCUAUGAUUACGCUUUCAAUACAUUGGACAUCAAUUAUGAGGAUCUAAUCAAUGAGCGAAUCGUACGCUUGAAUUCAAUCAAAUUUAUCACUAAAUCCACGCUUUGCUUGUAUUCUACUGAAGAAGAGAUGCCAAACAUUACACUUAUAGUACUUCCAGUUGUGAUGGACAACAAAGCGCUGGUCAACUACUAUCUGAGGAGUGGUCAAUGCGAUGAAGCGAUUGCGUGCCUCCGGUGUGUGGACUGGAACUGUUACAGCGAAAGCGCAUUCUUUUGCCUUAACUACAUAUUUAAUCACAUAAUUAAAGAGAGAUUGAAUCCGAAACGCGAGUCUCAAUUGGAGACAACUUUAGCCAUAUUUCUCACACCAAAUGUUGCCAUCAGUGAAGAUAUUGUCAAACAAUACAAACUUGAGAUACAUUUUUUAGCCAAACGAUUCUUUUACCAUUUAGUCCGAUAUAACUGCUUAGACAAAGCAUUCCUCUUAGGUCUGGACCUGAAUAGCAAAUAUCUGUUUAGUUUAUUGCAUAGAAUCGCACUCCAGAGGAAUAAUAAUAGGAUAGCGACGGCCGCUCAUCAACGGACACAAAGUUAUGAUAAUAUUGAUUACAAAAUGAAGACACUUCAGACCGCUUUCAUGCUUCAGUUAUGA